AUGGAGCUUCUGGAUGAGCAGAGGCAGGAGAUUCGCGAGGCCUUUUCUCUGUUCGAUAUGGAUAACGAUGGAUAUUUGGAUUAUCAUGAACUCAAGGUGGCUCUGAGAGCUUUGGGAUUUGACAUGUCUAAAAGAGAAGUUUUGGAUAUCAUACAUGAAUACGACAGCGAUAACAAGAGGCUUAUCAACUAUGACGAUUUCUACAGGGUUGUCGGAGAGAAGAUCGUGAAGAGAGAUCCACUCGAGGAGAUUCGCCGGGCUUUUAAGUUAUUUGACGACGAUAACACGGGGAAGAUAAGUCUCCGCAACCUGAGAAGGGUUGCCAAAGAGCUGGGAGAGAAUCUCAGCGACGACGAGCUUAGAGCGAUGAUCGAUGAGUUCGAUCUGGAUGAGGAUGGAGAAAUCAACGAGGAAGAGUUCAUCAACAUCUGUACGGAGAACUAG